GACGGGUCAGUUCAGUGUUUACGCUGAGAUGCUCAAAACAAAGGACAGCGCACUGAGAGCCUGUCACUGAACACAACGGCACCACGACCAGCUCAGCUCACUCUCUGGUGUCCCCUAACUCCAGGAAGAGGAGGACGACAUAAAAAACCUUUAUGGCGUAUAUUUUUUUUACGAUACAUUUUCAGGUUUUGGUGACAAACCAUCCUUGAGGGAGAGAAGCUGAGGCGAAAUUGUCUUAUGGUGUGUGUCUCUGUGUGUAUGGGUGUGUGUGUGUGAGAGAGAGCCGGUGGACUGGAGCGUUAGCUAGCUUGCUCACCUCAGCAAGUUGGUAAAGGCAGCAGCAGCAGCAGCGGCGGCGGCGGCGGCGACACAGUGAGCCACACCAAGCGGAGACAUCAACAGGACUAAAUCAUUUACACCGCAGGCACACCAAACUGCGAGAGGGAGAGCGAGAGAGCGACACAUGAAGCAUGAGAGGGUGGAGCUGAGGCUCAGCUGACCUUUCCCCUUCCUUUCUCUCCUUUCCCCUUCCUGUUGCCCUGUUGGAUCUCACCCAUCUUGCCUCUCCUCCUUCUCCUCUGAACCUCAUUCAGCUGUGCCCAAUGUACUCCCCAGAGCAGGAAAACAUCUCCACCACCACCUCCACCAAAGUGCCAGUGAAGUAUGGAGAGCUCAUUGUGCUUGGGUACAAUGGCUCUCUGCCUAAUGGGGACAGAGGUCGACGUAAAAGCCGCUUUGCACUUUGUAAGAGACCGAAGGCAAACGGGGUGAAACCCAGCACAGUUCACGUCGCCUGCUCUCCACAGGCAGCCAAGGCCAUAAGCAACAAAGACCAGCACAGCAUCUCAUACACUCUGUCUCGAGCCCAGACGGUGGUGGUGGAGUACACCCAUGACAGCAAUACAGACAUGUUCCAGAUUGGUCGGUCAACGGAGAGUCCCAUAGACUUUGUAGUGACCGACACGGUGCCGGGCAGCCAGAGUAACUCAGACACCCAGUCGGUCCAGAGCACCAUCUCUCGCUUUGCCUGCCGCAUCAUCUGCGAGCGCACGCCGCCUUACACUGCCCGCAUCUAUGCAGCAGGCUUCGAUUCCUCCAAGAACAUCUUCCUCGGGGAGAAAGCUGCUAAGUGGAAGACGCCUGACAGUCAAAUGGACGGACUGACCACAAACGGCGUGCUGGUGAUGCACCCUCGAAAUGGCUUCACCCAGGACUCCAAACCAGGCGUCUGGAGGGAGAUCUCAGUCUGCGGCAACGUCUUCACCCUGCGAGAAACACGUUCGGCUCAGCAGCGGGGGAAAAUGGUGGAGACUGAGUCUCAGGAGCUCGUCGACGGCUCCCUCAUCGACCUGUGUGGCGCGACCCUGCUGUGGCGCACCGCUGAAGGCCUUGCGCGCACUCCUACCCUCAAACACCUGGAGGCGCUGCGACAGGAGAUCAACGCAGCCCGCCCUCAGUGUCCUGUGGGCUUCAACACGCUGGCCUUCCCCUCGAUGCGUCGCAAGGACACGCCGGACGAGAAGCAGCCGUGGGUCUACCUCCACUGUGGCCACGUGCACGGUUACCACAACUGGGGUAACCACCGCGAGGAGAGGGAGGGCCGGGAGGGCCGGCUCAGGGAGUGUCCCAUGUGCCGAGCUAAAGGGCCGUAUGUGCCACUGUGGCUGGGAUGUGAGUCUGGAUUUUACGUGGACGCCGCACCGCCCACUCACGCCUUUAAUCCCUGCGGCCAUGUUUGUUCAGACAAGACAGCGGCUUUCUGGAGUCAGAUCCCACUGCCUCAUGGCACGCACACCUUCCACGCCGCCUGCCCUUUCUGUGCCCAACAGCUGAACGGCGAGCAGAGCUUCGUCAGACUGAUCUUCCAGGGACCUCUCGAUUAGCAGCAGCUACAACCUCUCAGCAUCCUGAGAGUUCUUUUGUUUGGACGCCGAUGCUGCAUUGAAAACAAACAGGGACUUGCCUGGAUUCGAUUUCUUUCUUCUACAGUUGCGAUACAAAACCUUUUUCUGGACUUUUUGACUUUUCUCAUUUUAAGUGACCUUUGUAUUGCUUUUUCAUGAAUGACAACAAAGAUUUCUAUAUUUUCAUGUGAAACCAGAGACACAAAAACCAAACAAAGAACACUGCUGGGUAAACCUUUUGUGUUUGUUUCCUCGGAAAGAACUUUUCACAACAGUAUUUAUCUAUCCGACUAACAUACUGUAGCGCAAAUGUAUGUUUUUUUUUAAAUUCAUGUUUAUUGUUGCAAUAUACAUCUAUGUACAUCUCUUAGAGCUAAUUUAAACAAAGAUGUUUAUUUAUGGCCCAGGAACCAUUGCUUUAUUCUUUAUCUGUUGGAUAAGCCUAACUCCAAUACUAUUAAGCAUUUUAAUUUGAAGAUACAGUAUAUUGUUAUUCAGAUAUAAAGUUCUAGGUGUGUUCUGUUUGUUCCGUCUGUCUCUCUCUCUCUCUCGCUCUCUGUCUCUCUCUCAUGUUGACCUCUCAGAUCUGUUUGUCGUAUUUACACACCCUCCUCCUCUGGCGUGCUAACCCAUUAUGUGUGUCAUCCCUUCACUCUCCCUCAUUAUAGGUCUACUCACAAUUAAAAGCAAUAGAAUUGGAAUACAUAGACAUCCCAGAGCAUUGUGGGAAAUGGAGUCUUCUAGGUAUAAACACUCAGGCAGCCUGAAUGACUGCUUCUUCCCUUUUAAGUCCUGUGGGUUACAUACUGUAACACUAUACCCAGUCUCUCUUUUUUUUUUUUUUUUUUUUAAUAUUGUAGGUAGAAAGGAACUUGCUCAUAAAACGUUGACAGAAAAAAAAAGUGCAGCAGACAAGGGUGGACUUUAUUCUGCCCCUCUGCUGGGAUGUUUGGGGAUUACCUGCACAGCUCCAACUGCAAUAACCAACAUUAUUUCUGUCACAUACAACACUGUGGUCAGCAUUGAUCUCAAAAUGU